AUGCAGUUCCUCAAGUCCCUUAAGCCCGCGGCUGCAACCACGGCCGUCAUCGCCGCCCUGGCCCCCAAGGACCUAGACAUCAAUGACCCUUCUUCGAUUCGCGGUGUGGCCAAGACCAUUGCCGGCGGUGCCAUGUCCUACUACUCUGGUACCUCGGAGAAGUUUGUCGACCUUCCCGAACCGCACUACUGGUGGCAAGCCGGCGCCCUCAUGGGCAGCAUGCUGGACUACUCACACUACACCGGUGACAAGACCUACGACCAGCGCAUCUCGAGGGCCCUCUUGGCACAGGUUGGCCCAGACUUCGACUACAUGCUUCCGACGCAUUUCGGCCAGGAGGGGAACGACGACCAGGCUUUCUGGGGAUUCGCCGUCAUGUCGGCAGCCGAGAGGAACUUCCCACACCCUGACGAGAACGUCCCCUCGUGGUUGCAACUCGGCUCGAACCUAUGGAACUCUCUGACUUCGAGGUGGAACACGACGGCAUGCGGCGGUGGUCUCCUGUGGCAGAUCUUCGAGUCGAACCCGAACGGGCUCGACUACAAGAACACGGUCAGCAACGGCGGCCUCUUCCAGAUCUCGGCACGUCUCGCACGGGCGACCGGUAACAACACGUACCUGGAGUGGGCCGAGAAAGUCUGGGACUGGACCGAGGCCGUGGGUCUGAUCGACAGCUAUGGGAACGUGUACGACGGCGCGAGCGCCAGCCACAACUGCACCGACACCAACCCGGUCACCUUCUCGUACAGCGCCGCCAUUUACCUGUACGGCGCGGCCGUGCUGGCCGACCACACGGGUGACAAGAAGUGGACGCAGCGCACCGAGCGCAUCCUUGAGGCCUCGCGCUCCUUCUUCAGCCCCUUCGACAACGCCACCAACAUCAUGUACGAGCACGCCUGCGAGCAGGUCUUUAGCUGCAACGCCGACAUGCGCAGCUUCAAGGGCUACUUCUCGCGCUUCGUCUACGGCGCCAGCCUGUUUGUGCCGUCCAUCCAGCCCACCAUCGACGAGCUGUGGCACACGUCGGCGCUGGCGGCCGCCGGGGCCUGCUCGGGGGGCGCUGACGGCACUACCUGCGGACAGAAGUGGUAUGUGGGCGGGUUUGAUGGCCUCACCGGCCUAGGUGAGGAGAUGUGCGCGCUGGAGACGAUCCAAGGGCUCCUCGUGGGCGAGUCCAAGCCGCCGCUCAAGGGCGACGAGAUCAAGGUUGUCCGCACCUUUGACUCCGGGUCGAAAUCUAAGCGGGGUCGGUACGAUGUUCGCAAGGUGUAA